GUCUGAGGAAUCCGUUACAGGGACAUAGAGCCACGGGGGCUCCAUGGGGGCCGUAUUUAUUGAAAUUAUUUUUUAUAAAAAUGAUUCGUUAUGUGGGAUUCUACUAUUGUUACCUUUUGUUAAAUUUCAUUUUUCCCAUUUAUUCAUCAAAUGUUCCUUUGUUCCUUCCAUUUUUCUCUUUUCCAAUCUUUCUCUCUCCCCCCUUGAACUUUUCCUAAUUCCAGUAACGAUCCUCCUGUUUAGCAUGAAGCUCCUUGAUGUCCAGAUGUGGGUCGGUGGCGCGCGGGCUCGUGGGCUCGUGGGCUCGUGGGGGCGGUGCAGCUUCAGUCAGCCAGUCGGUGCGCAGGAGAGCGGACGGAGCACCGGGAACCGGGACACACGCGCACGCACACGCACGCACGGCAGCGAGACCACAGCCGACCGAGCGCCGAGGCAGGAGCGGAGGGCGAUGGAGCUGUGAGGGCUGCGGGCGGACCGGGACCCCCCACCCCCGAACCCCCCCCCCUCGCCGUUUCGUGUAUUUACCGUCUGUGUGAGCAACAUGGAGACGACGCGCUGCUGGCUGCUGCCGGCGGGACUCCUCGUCCUCAUCUGCCAGCAAGCCCGAGGAUACGCCUACAGGAACCAGCGCAAGUUCUCAGAAGACAUCGACUGGUCGUACGCAGGAACCUUGAAUCAGAACAACUGGGCCAAGAAGUUCCCGUCCUGCAGCAACGCCAAGCAGUCCCCCAUCGACAUCGAGGAGAGCCUGGCCCAGGUGAAGCUGCAGUACCAGAAGCUGACGUUGGAGGGCUGGGAGCGUCCGACGACCGGCGCCACGACCAUCAAGAACGACGGCAAGACCGUGGCGGUCGAUUUGGACGGAGAGUUCUACGUCAGCGGAGGCGGCCUGAGGUCAAAGUUCAAGGUGGGACGCGUCACCUUCCACUGGGGGCGCUGCAACGCCUCCUCAGAGGGCUCCGAACACAGCCUGGAUGGAGUCAAGUACCCUCUGGAGAUGCAGAUCUACUGCUACGAGGCGCAUCGCUUCGCCUCGCUGGACGACGCCAUCAAGGCCGGAGGGAGGAUCACGGCGCUCGCCGUGCUCUUCGAGACGAGCGCCGACGACAACCCGAACAUCAGCGCCAUCAUCGACGGGAUCAACAGCGUGAGCCGAUACGGAAAGAGCGCCCGGGUUCUGCCCUUCGCCCCGCUGGGCCUCCUGCCCAACUCCACGGACAAGUACUUUGUCUACAAUGGCUCCCUGACCUCGCCGCCCUGCAGCGAGACCGUGGAGUGGAUCGUCUUCAAGAGCACGGCGGCCGUCUCCGACGACCAGCUGGAGAUGUUCUGCGAGGUGAUGACGAUGCAGCAGGCCGGGUACGUGAUGCUGAUGGACUACCUGCAGAACAACUACAGGGAGCAGCAGCAGCAGUUCAUGGGUCAGGUGUUCUCCUCGUACACCGGCACCGAGGAGGUGCUCACGCCAGUGUGCAGCUCAGAGCCGGAGGACGUUCAGGCCACGCCCCUCAACACCAGCAGCCUGCUGGUGACGUGGGAGCGGCCUCGGGCGGUGUACGACGCCGCCAUCGAGAAGUACUCCGUCACCUUCCGGCCCGCCGCCGCCGCCACCGCCGCUACGUACCUGACCGACGGAGACCAGGACGUGGGGGCGCUGCUGGACGACCUGCUGGCCAACACCAGCUACGCGGUGCAGGUGGUGGCGGUCUGCACCAGCGGUCUGUACGGGCGUGUGAGCGAGCAGCUGACGGUCAACACGCCCGACCACGACGACCCCGGUGACCCCGGAAAAGUUCUGGAUCCUGAUUGGAACGGGUUUGACGACGAGGGAAACUAUGAGCCUGAUCGGGCCUGGAACCGCCCGGUCCAGACCGCCUGGGUACCCACAGCCCCCCCGAGGACCACGGCCCCCCCGCCCCCUCUCUUACCCCCACCCGCCGUCACAACCACAACGCCAGAACCUGCUCCGGUUCCACCCGUCAGAUCGACCCAGCGCGGCCCGUCCGAAGAAACGUCUCCCCGCAGUACCUCCACCCGUCCACCAGAGCCCCCCCUCCCCACCCGUCCACCAGAGCCCCCCCUCCCCACCCGUCCACCAGAGCCCCCCCUCCCCACCCGUCCAGCAGGAGAAGCUGACCUCAGCGGCAGCGCUCCUCUCCCCCCCAGCAGCACCACCUCCACCGCUCCUUUCUACUGGGUUCUGGGAGGCGCCGGCCCAGCGGUCUCCUCUUCUCCCGGCCCCCCCGGGGGCGACGGCAGGUCUUCACACAGCAGCACCGAGACCACGCCGCGGCUCCGCGUUCAGGCCGAGACCGGAGGCGUGCCCCCCCGACCCGGAGGCCCCCCGGAGACGUCCUCCUGGGGUGAAGCGGCUCCACGGGGGCCCGCGAGUCCCAGCCGGCCCCCCUUUCAGUCCACCGCCACCUCCGUCCAGUUGAGUGGGGUCCUGAUGCAGACCACACAACCGAUGUCCAACGCGCCCGGCCCCUUGUUCUCCUCCCCGCCGACCCCCGCCCUCCUUUCCUCACCCACGGCCCCCCCCCCCGCCCCCACCCCCACCCCGGGAGGACCGGCGUUGGACAGUAGCAGCGGCGCCUCGGGCUCGGCCCUGUUCCCCGACCCCCCGGAGGGCGUGGACCAGGAGUGGGAGGGGCUUCAGACCUCGGCCUCCGGAGCGAGCGCCUCCCCUCGUCCGAGCGAAGGCGCCGCCGCCCCCCCCCCGCCCACGCCCCCCGGGUCCGGCCGGUCCGCCGACGAUUCGGACGAGCGCUCCUCGGCGUUCUAUUUCGACAGCGGGAGCGGCAGCGCCGCCGCGGCCUCGGAGGCGGGAGGCGCGGCGGCGCCCCCCGCCCCCGCCGCGGCGACGCCCGCUCCGCCCCGGUCAGCUGGAGGGGGGGGGGGGGAGGAGAGCGGCUCGGGGCAGGGCGAAGGCGGCGGUCCGUACGACAAUGAGACGUCGUCCGACUUCACCAUCUCCGAGCGCACGGAGAGGGAGUCGCAGGAAGAGGCGGAGCCAGUCGCAGACGCCAGCAACAGCAGCCACGAGUCGAGGGUGGGCUCCAUCCGGGAGAAGGAGGCCGUGGUGCCUCUGGCCAUCAUCUCCUCCCUCGCGGGUCUGGGCCUCCUGGUGCUCGUCGGGAUCCUCGUCUACUGGAGGACGUGUUUUCAGACGGCUCACUUCUACAUCGACGACAACUUGUCACCCAGAGUCAUCUCAACUUCUGAUGCUGCAUUAACAUCUGAGGAGCAGGCGGCGUUCCCAGUGAAGCAGUUUGUGAAGCACGUGGCUGAACUUCAUCAGACUGAUGGAUUCCAACGAGAGUUCCAGAUACUGAAGGAGAGCCACGAGGAGGUCCAGGCCUGCUCGGUGGACAUGGGGAUGACUGACAGCUCCAAUCACCCUGACAACAGACCUAAGAACCGAUACAGCAACAUUUUGGCCUAUGACCACACCAGAGUGCGGCUCUCCCAGCAGGCGGACAAAGACGGGAAGGCGGGAGAUUACAUCAACGCCAACUACGUGGACGGUUUUAAGAAGCCGCGCGCCUACAUCGCCGCUCAGGGUCCCCUGAAGACGAGCACCGAGGACUUCUGGAGGAUGGUUUGGGAGCAGAACGUGUCCGUCAUCGUUAUGAUCACCAACCUGGUGGAGAAAGGAAGAAGGAAGUGUGACCAGUACUGGCCGGCGGAGGUGCAGGAGGAGUUCGGCAGCUUCCUGGUGACGGUGAAGAGCAGCAGAACGCUCGCCUUCUACACCCAGAGGACCUUCUCCGUGAGGAACACCAACGCCAAGAAGGCCUCCCUGAAGGGGCGGAGCAGCGAGCGCACGGUGACCCAGUACCAGUACACCCAGUGGCCCGACAUGGGCGUCCCGGAGCUCGCUCUGCCGCUGCUCAGCUUCGUCCGCAAGUCGUCCACCGUCGGGCCGGAGGGGGCGGGGCCGGAGGGGGCGGGGCCCGUGGUGGUGCACUGCAGCGCCGGCGUGGGCCGGACCGGCACCUACGUGGUCCUGGACAGCAUGCUGAAGCAGAUCAGGGAGGAGGGCAGCGUCAACAUCAGCGGCUUCCUCAAGCACAUCCGCACACAGAGGAACCACCUGGUCCAGACCGAGGAACAGUACGUGUUCAUCCACGACGCCUUGGUGGAGGCGAUCCUGUCGGGGGAGACGGAGGUGGCGGCGGCUCAGCUGCACAGGUACGUGGACGAGCUGCUGACCCCGGUGCAUGCUGGGAGGACGCGCCUGGACAAACAGUUCAAGCUGGUGUGUCUCCCCGGGGGGGGGCAGUGCGACUCCUCUGCAGCGCUGCAGGACUGCAACCGCAGGAAGAACCGCAGCGACUCGGCGCUGCCCGUGGAGAGGUCUCGAGUGCGUCUGUCCACGGCGGCGGGGGACACCUGCGACUACAUUAACGCAUCGUACAUCUCAGGCUACAGGCAGAGCAGCGAGUUCAUCAUUACCCAGAAUCCUUUGCCCGACACCAUUAAGGACUUCUGGAGGAUGAUAUGGGACCACAACAGCCAGGUCAUCGUGUCGCUGACCGGCGAGGAGGAGGCGGAUAAGUUCCCCGUCUGGCCCCGCAAAGGGCAGCCAAUCAGCUGCGAGAUGUUCACGGUGAGCCAGAGGAGUGAGAAGCUGCUGUGCCUCCCCAACGAGGACAUGCUGCUGGUCCAGGACUACCUGCUGGAAGCUACGCAGGACGACUACGUUCUGGACGUGAAACACUUCCGGGCCCCCCCCCCCCGCUGGCCCAAUCCCGACAGCCCCAUCAGCAACACCUUGGAGCUGCUGCGCCUGGUGAAGGAGGAGAGCGACGGCAAGGACGGCCCCAUCGUGGUCCACGACGAAGGGGGCGGAGCCACGGCGGGGACCUUCUGCGCGCUGUCCUCUCUGACGCGCCAGCUGGAGGCCGAGGGCUCGGUGGACGUCUUCCAAGUGGCCCGGCUGACGAACCUGAUGAGGCCGGGAGUCUUCAGCGACACCGAGCAGUACCGCUUCCUGUACCGAGCCCUGCUGAGUCUCAUCGGGACGCGAGAAGACGAGGACACCCUUCGGUCCUCAGACGUUAACGGGACCCUCGUCAGCACCGCAGAGAGCCUUGAAUCCCUGGUGUAGCCCCCCCCCCACAAAGGACUGGUUUACCGUAAAAAAGAAAAAGAGCACCCCCCCCCCCCCCCCCCCCCUCAUCCCUCUGUAACGUGUGCCUUUUUGUGUUGUUCAUCGUGUUCUAACUGCUGCGCGCCGUAGUGACUGUUUUACGCCUGUCGGAGUUAAAAAGGGAAACGGCUUCUUUUCACAUGAAAUACGAUAUUUUGUUAGCUUGUCUUUUUUAGAGCUUAAAUACCAACAGCAGGGCCUGGAAUAAUACAAAUAAUAAUCUAAUGUAAAUAAUAUUAUAGUAAUCAACUCGAUGGACCAAAUUUCUAUUUAUACUUUUAGAUUUUUAUAUUGUAGCUUAUGGUUUGAUUUUAAUUGCGUAGAACAUUAAUGCUUUUAUAUUCUGGGUUUUGUAACAGACUAAAUGUGAUGCAUGGGGUACUGACGUGUUGGUUUGUAGCUGCAUUAUUAGCUAGAGGAUUAAAUAAGUGAAAGAA